AUGAGAGGACAAUUUAAGGAGGAUGGCGGCGGCGACAGGGACAGAGAUCUUGAAGGCAAACUCUCCGACUAUGAUUAUCUGGUCGGAAUGGCGCUCAUCAAGCUUUCCGAAGAGGAAAAGAACAAGCUGCUGAAAGAAAGUGACGAUAAACUUCGAGAACUGCGCGAUUUGGAGUCGAAGACCUGGGCUGAUUUGUGGAAUGCCGACUUGGAGGUGUUCCUCGAAGCUUUGGAGAAGCAGGAAGCCAAAGAGAAGGCCGAUUUGGAAAUUAGCAUCAAAAACGCUAUGAAGAAGUUUACAAAGGAAGACAAGUCAAGAAACAAGAGGACAGCUGCUUUUGCUGCGGAAGUGUUCCCGGCCAAGGAUGGUAUGCGAGUACUGCCGAACAUCGAUAAGUCUUUGAAAGAAAAGUAUGAGAAGAUCAGCGCUGCUGCCACUCGCGAGAAGAAGCCAAAAGAACCGAAACCUCCUAAAGAGCCGAAAGAAAAGAAGCCGAAGAAAGAGGGUGAUGAUAUUAAGAAGUUCAUGACGGGCGAGAAGAAGAGUCCCAAGAAAAAGAAAAGGGAUGAAUGGAACUCGGAUGAAUCGUCCACCGAACUCAGCGAUGUGGAUGAUCUGGAGGAAAGCGCCUUAUUUGAUGAUGAGGACGAUGAUGUUGUGGAGGAAGUCUUGCCGCCGAAGAAAGACCGUGCUUCAAGGGGACCGUAG